CCAACUGAUGGUUGUGGAAAUUUAUGCAUGGUGUUGUUCCUCAGUGGUGCCUCACGGCGACGACUUAUAUCUCUUGUUCCGUGGUGGACCCCUCCUGCAGCCACCCUUCCUGCCUAGCCAGCGUCCUUACGACCUCAGUCGUCAAGAUGACCUCGCCCUCAGGGACAUCCUCAUCACACUUUGGACCAACUUUGCUGCUACAGGGAACCCGACCCCUGAUGACUCCCUCGGGUUCACCUGGUCACCUGCCACCGAUGACAACCUUCAGUCUCUCAUUCUCACCCCCACACCCUUCAUGGAGGCCGAUAAUCGCCGCCAGGUGCGGAAAUUCCACGCGUCAUUGUCCACGAAGGUGAACGAGGGUUUGCACCACCACCUGGUGCAGCAGCUGGACCAACCUUCCAGAGAGCGCGACGCCCAGGACGAACUGUAACUUCCUGAGUUCGGAGUCUUAUUACCAGACUAGGAUGUGUUCAGUAUGUAGACUGGGCUGCGGUGGACAGUAUUUGUUCACCGUUUGUUGAUAUGUCUAGAAAUAUUUGUUACUAGGAUAUUAUUAUUAUUACAAUAAAAACUAAGCGCUAAACCCACAAGGGCCAUACUACGCUGUGUAACUAGGACAAAAAUCAUCAUUCACUUAAAAUUUUCUGCAAUAACAGCUGUAUUAAUGUUCUGAUAUAACACAUAGCAUUAUUAUAAUCAUGGGAGAGCGCUAAACCCGUAGGAUUAUACAGCGCACGUGGGGCGGGGGGUUGAAUGGAAGGUAUUCAGACUCAAUUCAGGGAACCGGAGCACAGAUCCAAUUCCAUAGAUCAAGAGCUCCUCACCAGCGUCAAGGAACCUCCCUUGAAGGGUAUAACAAAUAGCAGAUUCACCUCAAAAUAAAAUGCUUUGUCUUAUAA